UUUGCUUGUCAUUGGGAAAGCGUUAUUCUAUUUUUAGUCGAUUUCUUUACGCAUAGCAAGCAGGCAAUGUGCGUCAAGAUAGUAAUUGCCUUACUGGCCAUCGCUGUGACCCUAUGCCUAGUGGAGGCACAGAACCUCUACACACCCGCUCAACUGCAGCAGCAACAACGGAACGAUGAUUUCGAGCAGCUUCCGAAGCUUGUCACAGAAUUCGAACUGGAAGUGAGACUAAAUACAAUGCCUAUAAACUCUGAAGAUCGACAACCAAUUGUGUUGGUCAAUUUGAAUCAUGUUGAGCAAGAUAGAAUAAUAAUCACAAGCCAAGCAGAAGAACAGCAGAAUGAAAAUCGUAGACAAGAGUUCAAUGAACGUGAACGUGUGCGCGACAACAAUCGUGAGUUUGUUAACAUGCCCGAGCGUGUAAUUGAAUUCGAUCGAGAACGUGAGCCAUAUCGUAGAGACCAAGAGAGAGGUCCGCCACCCAAGCAAGAAUUCAUAGCUAACAUAGAAAGCAGGCCCGAUCGCAAUAGCGGAUUCAAUCGCGCCCCAGAUCGCGACAACGAUCGAGAGUUUGUUAGCGAAUCCGAGCGUAUAAGGGAAUUCCAUAGGGAGCAAGAACGUGAACCUUAUCGUAGCGACCACGAGAAAGAUGCCUCAACUAGGGAAGAAUUCAGGGCAAAGCCAGAAAGGAAACCUGAUCGCAACAGCGGAUUUAAUCGCGCCACAGAGCAGAGUGUUCAUCGCAAUAAUAUAUUUAAGCAAGAAGUUGACGUAGAGCGGAAACCGCAACGCAUUAUUCCACAAGGACAAGAAGAGAAAAGUCAUCGCCUCUGUGAAAGAAAAUAUAAUGAAUAUAUUGCACGCAUCUUUCGCAAUGAUGAGGAAAUAACAGCAGAUGCAAAUGAUUCAGAAUUUGAUGGUCGUGUAUUGGCAUCACCUGGAGAAUAUCCGCACAUGACAGCGCUGGGCUUUGAGAGAGAAGACAAAACAUAUGAUUACAAAUGCGGAGGCAGUUUGAUAAGUGAAAAUUUCGUUAUUACAGCGGCACACUGUACCAAUAUAACGGGGGAAGUACCUACAAUAGCACGAAUUGGUGAUAUAAAUCUUAUGGUAGAUGAAAAACAUUUGGCGCCGCAAAUAUUUCCCAUACGAAGAAUAUACACACAUCCGCAAUAUGACGGUGUUACUAAUUACAAUGACAUAGCGUUGUUGCAGCUGAAUACGAGCGUUGAAUUCACAGAGUUUGUUCGCCCAAUAAAACUUUGGACAAAACCUAAAUUACCCCUCAUUACUGCCUUUGCCAUGGGCUAUGGCGCCACCUCAUUUGCGCGUGCGCCAACACAACAACUCACCGACUUCAAUAUGACUCUUAUAGCGAAUGAUGAAUGCAAUCAGCUUUUGCCACAAUUGGAUGAGGUGCCGCGUGGCAUAAUUUCAAGUCAAAUUUGUGCUGAAGAUUUUGUAAUGCAUCGCGAUACUUGUCAGGGUGAUUCCGGCGGCCCGUUGCAGUACAACAUCAGAGGUAAACGACGCAGAAAUCGAGUGCAUUAUCAUCUAAUCGGCAUCACCUCGUUUGGGCUAUUAUGCCGCAGUCCAAAUCCGGGUGUUUAUACGCGCAUAUUUUCUUACCUUGAUUGGAUUGAGCGCACGGUCUGGAAUUCGUCUUAAAGCUCAAUGCGUCUAGACUUAGUUUACGUAACUUAACUUAAUUUAAUAUUUUGGCCAACCUGUUAUAUGUGAAAAUGUGUGUUGGCGGUUAGUUAAAACUUAACUUACCGUAAGCUACUUAAGAACCUGUAGAUUUUAGAUGCUUACCCUACAAGAAAGGACUUUUUUUUCUGACCUCUUCCUUAACACACUAAAAUAUACACCAAUACACAGAAAAAUAUUUGUAAAAAUAACCUUAGGAAAUACAAUAAGUAGAAAAGAAACCUUUUAGCAGUGCUGGUAAAAUCCCCAUGUGAGAAAGGGACGAAUAGUCACAUGUACACAAAAGAACUGGUCAGGUUUUUCAUAUUACCCCCGAAUAUCUGAUGAGGAAAUUGCAACAUUAUUGCAUCAGUACUGACCGUCAGGUGACCGGCCAUUUGCCAGUAAGAUUUCUUGUAGGGUAGUUUACGACCUUACGGAAUUUGAGAGCGAUUAGAGAAUUAGGCUUGCCAGGUUUUCGGAUUUGUAUUUCUUAAAAAUAAAUUAUGCAAAUUUCAAACAGCUGAAUUAGAAAAUACAAAAACAAAAGAUUUUCGCUUCUACUUAAGAUGACGUGUUGAGUAAUUAUUGCCGAAUUAUUACGGUAAGUUAAAUUAAAUUAAGUCUAGACUAACAGAGCUUUAAGACAUAAAAAUUUGCUACGAAUAUUUAAUAAAAAAUAGCUUUGACUUAUACGCAGUGAUUAAGUGUUAACUGUUGAAACAGAAGAGUACAAAUACGAGUAUAUAAAAAUAGUUUUAGUGCU